CACCCCACACCCCCAGACCCCCCUACCCCCCUCACCCCUCCACCCUUCCAGUAUGCAUGCUCGCCAGGAACCCACGACCCAGCAGAGCACUUCCCCGGCCGGAGACCAUCUACUGAAGAGUCGACGGUGAUCCAAUUGGAUGUGGCAGGCGGACCGGAGGCGGAGAGCCCGGAGUGACUGGAGGAAUACGGCACUACGACAGGGAGCGCAGGCUGCCGCUCUCCCCUGAACGCGGACAACCAUGCAUGUGCUCUUCUGGGGCUGGGGGUUCCUGCUCUUCCCCGACUUAUUGACUGUAGUCGCGUCCACGGGCAAAUUGCGUUUGAAUACGAGCACAGUAAAGCAGGAGAUCGGCGCUUACGAGAUUGUAACGCCGGUGCGAGUGAAUGAAGCCGGGGACAAGUUUCCAACCAGCGUGCACUUUAUGAGGAAAAGACGGAGCUUGGACGAGAGCACCGGGAAUACCGCGGAGCACUGGGCCUCUCCGGCUGUCCACUACAGGAUAUCUGCUUUCGGGGAGCACUAUCACCUCAACCUCACGCUAGAUUCUGGAUUUAUCGCACCUCUCUACACUGUGACGGUACUCGGAGCGGCCCGAGGAGAUAACGUAACGGAUUUUGCGACAGAUGGGGAAGAGGAAGAGGAGGAGGAGGAGGUGGAGGAGAAGGAGGAGGAGGAGGACACGGAGUUAAGGCACUGCUUCUAUAAAGGACUUGUAAAUGCACAAGCGGAACACGCAGCAGUCAUCAGUUUGUGCUCCGGACUGCUUGGCACUUUCAGGUCUCCAGAAGGGGAGUAUUUUGUGGAGCCCCUUCACAGCUUUCAAGGAGAACACUAUGAAGAGGAACACACAAAGCCUCAUAUUGUAUACAGGAAGCGCGCAUCCACGAAACAGACCACUGUGGAGAACUCAGCUUGCGACACUUCAGGACACAAACACAAAUAUAAGAAGCUUAGGAAAAGAACCGCGGUCAGCGCCGGCAUGUUCAAUGACGUGGAGUCACUGAGCGCCGGCCUGGCCACCAAUGCUCUGCUCAGAUCGGAGAGCGCCAGCUCCAGACCGGCGAACGAUAGCAGCGGGGACUCAGGACCUCACAGGAGAUCAAAGCGCUUCCUCUCCUACCCGCGCUUCGUCGAAGUCAUGCUGGUGGCCGACAGCAAAAUGGUGGAGCAUCACGGCAGCAACCUGCAGCACUACAUACUCACAUUAAUGUCCAUAGUAUCUUCCAUCUACAAGGAUCCCAGCGUUGGCAAUCUGAUUAACAUUGUGAUUGUAAAGUUAGUCAUAAUAAACCACGAGUCGGAUGGCCCAGACAUUUCAUUUAAUGCACAGAUCACUUUAAAGAACUUCUGCAUUUGGCAGCAGAGCCAGAACAUCCUGGAUGAUAACCACCAAUCCCAUCACGACACCGCUAUCCUGAUCACCAGGGAGGACAUCUGCAGAGCGAGGGAUAAGUGUGACACCUUAGGACUUGCAGAGUUGGGGACGGUGUGUGAUCCAUACAGGAGUUGCAGUAUCAGCGAGGACAACGGACUCAGCACUGCAUUCACCAUCGCCCAUGAACUUGGCCAUGUGUUCAACAUGCCUCAUGACGAUAGUAACAAGUGUAAGGAAGACGGUGUCAAGAUCCAGCAGCAUGUGAUGGCUCCCACACUUAACUACAACACAAACCCUUGGAUGUGGUCCAAGUGUAGCAGGAAGUACAUCACAGAGUUCCUCGACACAGGAUAUGGUGAGUGUCUACUCGACGAGCCCGUUUCUCGGCCGCACAGUCUCUCGCAGCCGCUGCCUGGACAGAUAUACGACGUCAAUAAACAGUGUGAAUUGAUAUUUGGGCAAGGAACGCAGGUGUGCCCUUAUAUGACCCAGUGUCGCAGGCUGUGGUGCACCAGUCCAGAGGGCGCCCAGCGGGGCUGCAGAACCCAGCACAUGCCGUGGGCAGACGGCACUGACUGCUCUCCUGGAAAGCAUUGCAAACACGGCCUGUGUAUCGCAAAAGAGCAUGACGCCACACCCGUGGAGGGGGCCUGGGGAGUUUGGAGCCCUUUUGGUACCUGUUCUCGGACAUGCGGCGGAGGCAUCAAGAUGGCCGUGCGCGAAUGCAACCGACCCGUGCCCAGAAAUGGAGGAAUGUAUUGUGUGGGUCGGCGAAUGAAGUUUCGUUCCUGUAAUUCUGAGCCCUGCUCCAAGCAGAAGAAGGACUUCAGGGAGGAGCAAUGUGCGGCUUUCGAUGGCAGGCACUUCAACAUCAAUGGUCUACCUCCUAAUGUUCGCUGGGUGCCCAAGUACAGCGGAAUUCUGAUGAAGGAUCGGUGCAAGUUGUUCUGCAGGGUGGCAGGCAGCACGGCCUACUAUCAGCUCAGGGACAGGGUCACUGAUGGCACGCCGUGCGGACCCGAUACCAAUGACAUCUGUGUCCAGGGCCUGUGCAGGCAAGCAGGCUGUGACCAUGUACUGAACUCCAAAGCCAGGAGGGACAAGUGUGGCGUGUGCGGAGGGGACAACUCCUCCUGCAAAACUGUGGCAGGCACCUUCAACAUCGUCCACUAUGGCUAUAAUGAUGUGGUAAGAAUACCCAGUGGUGCUACAAAUAUAGAUGUGCGUCAACACAGCUACUCUGGGAAACCAGAAGAUGACAACUACCUCGCCAUAUCAAAUAACCGUGAAGGGUUCCUGCUUAAUGGAGAGUUUGUGGUCAGUAUGUUCAAAAGGGAAAUCAAAGUAGGAAAUGUCGUCAUUGAAUACAGUGGCUCUGACCAUGUCAUUGAGAGGAUCAACUGCACUGACCGCAUCGAAGAGGAGAUAAUCGUCCAGGUGCUGUCUGUGGGGAACCUUUACAACCCAGAUGUCAGGUACUCCUUUAACAUCCCAAUAGAAGACAAACCUCAGCAGUUCUUCUGGGACGUCUAUGGGCCCUGGCAGGAGUGCAGCCGCCUGUGCCAAGGAGAACGCAAACGAAAGAUUCUCUGUAGCAGAGAGUCAGACAGGGUGGUGGUGUCAGACCAGAGAUGUCAUGGGACAGCCAGGCCUGCUGUCAUCACUGAGCCCUGCAACACUGAAUGUGAACUAAGGUGGGAUGUGGCUCGUAAGAGCGAGUGCACAGCCCAGUGUGGCCUGGGAUACCGUACCCUGGAAAUAUACUGUGCCAAAAUCAACCGCGCAGACGGUAAAACCCAGAAGGUUGAUGACCGCUACUGUAGCAAUCAGCACAAACCUGAUGACAAGGAAGGUUGCCAUGGAGACUGUAACACAGGUGGCUGGGAGUACUCACCUUGGUCAGAGUGUUCCAAGAGCUGUGGCGGGGGCACUCGCCGCCGAGGGGCAGGCUGUCGAAAGGCAGCCGAGGCUGGUGGCGACGAGAGCAAAUGCAGUCAAAGGGACAAGACGACCGUCCAACCCUGCAAUGAAUUCCUCUGUCCACAAUGGAAGACCGGUGACUGGUCUGAGUGCCUUGUGACAUGCGGGAAAGGCUAUAAGCACCGUCAGACGUGGUGUCAGUUUGGCGAGGACCGUUUAGAUGACCGCUUUUGUGGCUCAUCGAAGCCGGAGUCGGCGCAGACGUGCCAGCAGCAGGAGUGCGCCUCUUGGCAGGUCGGCCCGUGGAGACAGUGCACUACCUCAUGUGGACCAGGCUACCAGAUGCGAGCGGUGAAGUGUGUAGUUGCCUCUUAUGGUGCCGUCACUGACACUGAAUGUAAUGCCGCCACCCGGCCCACCGACACGCAGGACUGUGAACUGGCCCAGUGUCCAAGCGAGCGCGCUGUCCCUCCCCACCAGGGCCUCAAAACCCAAUGGAGGUUUGGCUCUUGGACCCCGUGUAGCGCCAGCUGUGGCAAAGGGACACGAAUGCGCUACGUGAGUUGUCGUGACAACCAGGGCGGUGUAGCAGAGGAGUCGGCGUGUGCCCACCUACCGAAACCCCCUGCCAGAGAGGUGUGCUCGGUGGUGGCCUGUGGACAGUGGAAAGUGCUGGAAUGGACAGCGUGCUCAGUUACCUGUGGUCAGGGAAAGACCACACGGCAGGUAGUGUGUAUCAACUUCAGUGACCAAGAAGUGAAUACUAGUGAGUGUGACCCAGACGAUCGUCCUCCCAUAGAGCAGGACUGUGCUAUGUCUCAAUGCCUGUCCCGCUCCAGUGAAUCUCGACCUUACCCGUCCUCACCGAAUGGCAGCACCAGGAACAACCUGCCACGCAGCCAAUCCCACCAAUGGCGGACUGGACCCUGGGGCGCGUGCUCCAGCACGUGUGCAGGAGGUUUCCAGCGGCGCGUAGUAGUGUGCCAGGACGAGAACGGCUACCCCGCCAACAGCUGUGAGGAUCGCAGCCGGCCCAACGAGCAGCGCUCGUGUGAGUCAGGGCCGUGUCCGCAAUGGAUCUAUGGCAACUGGGGGGAGUGCACCAAGCCAUGUGGAGGCGGGAUAAAGACGAGGCUGGUGGUGUGCCAGCGUCCAAACGGCGAGCGCUUCAACGACCUGAGCUGCGAGAUUCACGACAAGCCGCCGGAUCGCGAGCAGUGCAAUACUCAGCCGUGCCCGUCUAGCCCCAACUGGAGCACAGACCCAUGGAGCUCGUGCUCUGCCUCCUGUGGAAGAGGGUUCAAGUCGCGUAAGGUGGUCUGUGCGAGCGGGUCAGGCCGCCCCGUCCCAGAGGAAAACUGCCAGCAUCUGUCUCCUAAACCCCGCAGGCAGAAGCGCUGCAAAGGGGGCCGAUGUCCCAAGUGGAAGACUGGCAACUGGGGAGAGUGUUCGGCGUCGUGCGGCGACGGCCUGCAGCGCCGCGAGGUGCUCUGCCCGGCCGGAGGCCGCCGGAUCCCGCCGGAGGCCGGCUGUCCCCAGCGCUCCCGACCGGCGUCCAGCCGCAGCUGCCGGGUGGCCGAAUGCCCCUCUCGUCGGUCCCAAUGGAGAGAAGGAGACUGGCGGACGUGCAGCAAGUCGUGUGGAGCGGGUCACCGGCGACGGGCCUUGCAGUGUGUGGACCACAACCAGCAGCAGGUCCAUGAGAUGUACUGCGUGAACCAGAUCAGACCUCCAGACCUGGAGAGCUGUAACACCCACUCCUGUGAAUCGACCUGGAUCACUGGGGAAUGGACGGAGUGCUCAGCCAGCUGUGGACAGGGCUACCGCCAGCGUCCGAUCUCCUGCAGCGAGGUGCCUGUGGAGAAUGACAACUAUGAGUAUGGCCAUCAGUCCUUGUCUAACUGCCAAGGGACCCCCCCCGAGAUCUACAUGCCUUGUAAUCUGGACCCGUGCCCGGCGCCACAGGAGUGGAAGGUUGGAAUCUGGGGACCGUGUUCAGUGAGCUGUGGGGACGGAGUGAUGGAGAGGACGGUGCAGUGUUGGCCAGCAGAUGGUCGGCCAAGAAACAGGUGUUCUCGAGACACAAUGCCAGAGACCAGAGAAGUCUGCAGAAACCCAAACUGCCAUUUUCCUUCUAGCUGUCAAGAAGUCCAGAGGAUGAAUGGCCCGCUCCCAGACAACGAACACUUUGUCAAUAUUCAAGGAAAGGCACUCAAGGUCUACUGUGCAGGAAUGCAGACAGAGACUCCACAGGAGUACAUCACCUUGACAACGGGAGACGGGGAGAACUUUUCAGAGAUCUUUGGCUUCAGACUCAAUGACCCCACCCAGUGUCCAGCCAACGACUCCAGAAGAGAGGACUGUGACUGUCGGCGAGACUACACCGCCGCCGGCUUCUCCACCUUCUCCAAAGUCCGCCUGGACCUCAGCAAGAUGAACAUCAUUACUACAGAUUGGCGGUUCGCCGUCACCGUGGAGGGGAAGAGUGUUCCAUUUGCUACUGCCGGAGACUGCUACAGCGCCGCGCCUUGUCCACAGGGGCGGUUCAGGAUCAACCUCUCGGGAACAGGUUUUAAAGUGGCUGAGGACUCUUCGUGGAUUUCCCAGGGCAACCAUGCAGUGGCUGAUAUACGGAAAUCACAGGAUGGCAGCAGGGUGUCAGGAAUGUGCGGAGGCUACUGCGGUAAAUGUGCGCCGUCCUCUGGCUCCAGUCUGCCUGUAACUGUGGAGUAGAUCUGAUACCAGCAAACAGCAACUAUUUCCGUUCAUGUUCAGCACUCGUCUUCAUCUCAUUGUGUCAAGACGACCCUCCUCAUCUUUAACUCACAUGUGUGUAUAAUAGUGUAAAUGAAUAUGUGUAAGUAUUGUAUAUAGCAGGUUAAAAUGUCUUAUUUAUUGUACUCUCUCUGUUCAUUUUUGUGUUGUAAUAUAACUGGUUUUGUUGUACAGCAGUUGCACAGCUGCCAUUUAUCCCAUCAUUUGCUAGAAUGUACCUUCCAAUUUGGAUAUUUGCCAUUUGGAAAAUGCAGGACUGACGCUCCACAGUGCGCGUGUUACAGCCAUGUGUUUCUUUGUUUAGAUCCAUCCAUUAAGUUGAUGUACUCCAAUAAUAUCAAUCUUUCAGUGCGGUGUCUCCAACCUUUAUCCCUUCAGGCAACACAAUAUGACACACAUGUAGCAUGUACCUUUGGGUAACAUGACGGUUUAGUUCAUUUUCAGAUGUUACCAGUAGGUCCAGCGAUCCUUCCACUUCGAAAGGAAAUUGUUGCUGAACGUCCACUCACUGGGUUGCUGUACUCUGUGGCAGUCUGAAACAUGCAGCGGCUCACUCGCCAGCACACUGCUCUUCCCGCUACUUUUCAGGUAUUAUAGUUAAAUAAAAAUCGUAUUAGAAAGCAGGUAGUAUGAUGUGGUCAGGCUGCCCCACCUGCAUCCCUCCAGCAGCAAGUCUUGGUCCGGUUGGACAGGAGGGAGAAGAGCAAUAAACUAUGACACGCAGCCAGGUGUUGCUGCCCCGACAACAACUCCUGCAUGUGGAGAGCACAGCUGUAUCGUUACUGUCAUUUGAAGUAGUUUUAAAGGAUUUGAAAAGCCAAUUGGGGGGAAACGUCAAUUCAGAGCUGGGAAAGAGGUGAGACGUUCAGCCAAACUCACCAGUAACACAAACCCAGCGGAACACACUAAGUGUUACAGGAGCUGUGGAGAUUACGCUGCUAGACAUCAGAGAAAAGCAAAUUCCUCUCUGUUGGUGCAUAUCUCUCAGGUAGCGAGCAGUGACCAGAGAGAGCCAUUAGCCCUGAGCUUUCACGGGCAGACAGGUUAUCUUAUCUGGAGGAACUUGAAAGAAAGACCUCAGGCCAAUAUAAUUCCAGUAGAUACUCCAGAGAGGUAAUGCACUGUUUUGGCCCCAGAGACGCCUCUCAAACUGCUGAGCCCACGGGCCCUGCAGCCUGAUUUCUGCCCAGAUGCUGCCUGUAAACCAUUGCCGCCUGGUACCUCACAUUCCUCCCUCCGCCUUUGUUUUCUAAGUCCAUCCAAACGGUUCCUACCGAUACGCUAUUGUUGAAAACAUUCUGACGUGUGGUUUUUGUGACAAUAUCAGGGUACUUUUUGUCUACAUGUAUGUUUUGUAUUUCUUUAACCAGAUGUAUUCAAUUUUGUAAGUGUUUUCUUCCCAUGACCACAUAGAAGAAAAUACAAAAGAAUAUCCUUUCUUCAAACCUCAACCAUGUGUAUGCUGGGUAUGCAGGCGUAUACUUGAUGUACAACUGAUUAAGAAGCCAUAAAUUAUGCUAUUUCAGUGCCUUACUGUACAUGAUAAUGUGCACACUUCAGCCAAAGGGAAUGUCAAUCUGUCCCUGUAACAAAUGAUUUCCAUAGACACAGGAAAGUAAACAUUUUGUGAUGUUGCUAACAGUUUUUUUGAAUGUCAGAAUUGGGUUCGGUCCAUAGUUCUCAGGUGUCAUAAAUGAAGGGAUUAUUUUGAUAUUUUAUUAUAUUUUUUCAUUGUGUUUAAAAUGUAUCAUUCAAGUUUUACAGUAAAGGUUCAUUAGAUAUGCUUUAUUUUAAAUGCAAAUAUUUAUUUGACCUUAUUUUUAUGUGAAUGUAUAUACACUUUGACCAUGAAUGACCAUGAAUUACCUUUCCAUAUUGACAUAAACUGAAAUGUCCGGCAACACAUUUCCUGUUUUGUGAUUUUAUUAUUAUUAUUAAAGUUAUUUAUGUUGUA